AUGAAACCAACUAAACGGAUAGUGCUGAAGACCGAUCUAGAAAUAUGGACCAACUCAGAAACAUAUCUGUCACUCUUAGACUUUGUGAUUGCAUUACAAACUUCUGUGGCUGGACAGUCCAAUAAUGUGGAAGUUCCAGUCUCACCAGUAGUUAAUCAUGUGUUGAAUGCGCUUUCCAGAGUGUCGGAGAUCAUUGCCGAGAACCCUGUUGUUCACGAAAAAGACAUUUCGAGGUUUGGAAAGGUAGAGUUCCGGGACUUCUACGAUCAGGUGUCAGCGGAAGGUCCGGGAUUGAUGGCUAAAUUGCUUAAUGGUGAGAAUGACAAAUACUGCGAGGAGUUGUCGUGCUACUUCGGAGAGAGUUGGGGAGAUAGACAGAGAAUUGACUACGGUUCUGGCCACGAGCUCAACUUCUUAUGUUUCUUGUAUGGUUUGAACAAAACCGGCGCAGUUGGCCCGGACGACUACAAGGCAUUGAUCUUGAAGGUGUUCAACACGUAUAUUGGAGUGAUGCGCCAACUCCAGAAAACUUACUGGUUAGAGCCAGCAGGCUCUCAUGGUGUAUGGGGAUUGGACGACUAUCAUUUCUUGCCAUUUUUGUUUGGAGCAGCACAGUUGGCAACUCAUCCACAUAUGAAGCCCAAGCUGAUCCAUAACAAGGAACUCGUCGAGACUUAUUGGAAGCAGUAUAUGUAUCUCGAGUGCAUCCACUUCAUCAACUCCAUCAAGACGGUGCCUGGCAACCACGGCAGCCAAGUGAGUCUUCGGUGGCAUUCCCCCAUGUUGGACGAUAUUCUGUCUGCCAAAUCGUGGAGCAAGAUCCAGGAAGGAAUGAUCAAGAUGUACAAAGCAGAGGUGCUUGGAAAACUUCCCAUCAUCCAGCAUAUGAUGUUCGGAGAGCUCAUACCUGUUCCACCCGAUAUUCCUGAACACUCCGAGGAAGAAGUGGAUGAAUGUGGUCACAUCCACGAUGACACCCUCAACACCUGGGGAGAUUGCUGUGGAAUAAAGAUUCCAAGUGCAAUUGCUGCAUCUCAGAGCUUGGAGGCCAACACGCGUCCUAUUCCCUUUGAUUAG